ACACUUAAAUAACACGAAUCUUCAGUUCACAGACCUUCAAGUGUAUGAAUAAGAGAACCACAGACGCGUUCACGCAUAAACAUGUAUAAUCCGUAGAAAAUAUGUCAUAUUUUAUAAAAAUGACUAUUAAAAACAAUAUCUUGUUUGCAGCACUUGUCCUCUUAUGGACAUUAUAUGUUGUUGGUGCUCUGACAGUAUGUACCAACAACGAAAUUACCGGGGAGAAAAACGGACUUACCAACAAACCUAAUGUAAACGCUGGAACAGGAGUUCUUGUUGUGAUAACUCAAACUAGUGAAUUUGGUUUUGACUGUUGUGGUUUCGUGAGUGAGUGGACGUUUCACACCGCCGCCACAGGAUCUUUUGAUGUGCAGGUUUGGAGACCCCAAGCGACUGAACUGUACCUAUUGAUUGGAUUCAAUACGUUAACAUCCACAAAUCCUGGUACAGAAGAAGUUCGCACUAUUGCCAAUGGUCAGAGAAUCCGAGUCAACAAAAAUGAUUAUCCUGGAUUACAUUCAACUGGAGGAUUUAUCGUAACUUAUUUUAACGAAGGCUCAGAAAAUAUAAGGGGGUUUACUGGUAUAACAACAGCAAUCGGUGUGUCGACUACUCUGGAUACUUCAGGUGCAACAGUCAUAAACUCUGACUAUGCCAUUAAGUCCAAGUAUAUACCGAUCGCGCGCGAGUAA